UAUUUCACCGUCGUCGUCGUCGCGAAAAAGCGUCGUCUCGCUAGUAUCAUCAAAGCGAAUCGAUUUUCAUUCAAAUUUUCAGUGUUUUAUAUGCCGCGAAACGCGAGUGCCUAUGCAGCAAACUUUGGGCACGAGAACCAUCGAACCUUCGAGGAUGGAACAGAAUGAGCAGCAUCUUGCUGAUGAAUACGUCCAGGGUUUUGAUCUGGAACAUCUCGGAGAUGUGACCGUCAAAAGGGAAGAAAAAGGUCGGGCAACCGCCGAUUCGGAAUCGUGGAUACCUGACGAGGUAACCAGUGCCAAAUUUUCCAGGACCUGGCCAGAAGAAAGGAGAAUUCCUCCGAUUUCACCAUCAAACGAAUCCAUGUACACACCUCAACCCGUACUGAUGAAUAUGACGUUUAUAAAUGAUCCAUCUACUCCUCCAGACACACCACCAAGCCAAUCUCCGAUACCGUACAAUGGACACCCUGGAUUUAUGGACGAAGUUAUGUGGUUUCCUCAGAAUAUGCGGGUAGAUCCACAACCUCUUGAUCUUCGUCCAAAUAUGCCUUGUAUGGGAAAUCCAGUCGACUGGGAUCGACGAGAUUAUGCCCCUUCUGUAUUAAGUGUAGAAAACCACCCGACCCUUCAAAUCCAAAAUCAGCACCAAAGACCUCAAAGUUGUAGUAGUGGCGGAAGUCUCGUUUCCCAACGUAGACAUUCGAGUAAUUUAACCACUAGUGAUUAUUCUUCGUGUGAAUCAUUAACGAAUCGAAUGCAACAUGCCAGCGUGAUUUCAAGUGAUUACAGUCCGUGCAGUGAAAUUCCACCACGAGGACACCAUCUUGGCGGUGCAACAAGCGAGUAUGGUUCUUGUAGUGAUUUAGUACCAAGUCGUAAGCAUCAUAAUAGCAUUUCCAGUAUCGAGCAAUCUCCGUUCGAAGAAAAAUAUGGACUUCUCGAUAAAGUCCUUGUCAAAUUGUCAGUAAAAGAUCUAAACAAACGAGUCCAGCAUCUUCCAAAAGACGAAAUAAAUCUGAUCAAACAAAGACGAAGGACACUGAAAAAUCGUGGUUACGCACAAAACUGCCGACACAAACGGGUCCAGCAGAGACAAGAUCUGGAAGAGUUGAAUCGCAGCUUGAAGGACGAUUUGAGGAGGAUCAAAACUGAAUUAUCAGCCAUAAUACAAGAACGUGACCAUUUGAGGCAGAAAAUCAUAUUGUUAAACAAAAACUUACAAGGGUCGCAAAUACACCACCUGAACUCCGAUGGGCAGAAUUCUCCGGAAUUUUACCUGUGACAGUACGCUCCGGGCAGAAGGACGUAGUUCUUUGCCCUCCGAAAGACACUCCUUUGGAACAACUACAGCAAGGAUAAUGAAAAGUGAGACUUGAGUGUAUUUGUGUACCUUAUGAAUAACACUUCGUGGACUGAUCCGCGAUUUGUUGCACUAUUAUUUUCCUCUGUUUAUAGUCUGUUACUGUUACAAACUCAAUUUUUUCUGUUAUUUGUUAUAGUAUUAAGCUGUCCCAAAGGGCAAUUGCAUAUCCUUCAUUAAUUAAAAACGUAAUGUAACUACGUUGGGCAAUCAUUUCAGUAUAUGUAUAUUUUUAUACAAUUCGACCUCGUCUCUCGAACUACGACCCUUUUGUUGCAUCUGCCAUUUCGACUUAACAGAAUGGUUGUGUUUUUAAAACGAUCGUUAUAUAAAUAUGUUAUUAAAAAUUAUUAUGUAAAUAAUA